AUGGCCGACCUAUCACCUCCAGCGACUCACCCUCUCCUUCCUCGCCAGAGCAGUGGCGGCAAUGGCAACGCUGGCGACGAGUUGCUCAGCCUAUUGAGCUCUGGAUUCGCCUCUCAAUUGGCCACAGACUCCGUGUACGCUUCAGUGGCCACAUCCCUUGGCUUGACCCUUGGCAUUGCGCUUCUCUUCUCCUUCAUCCGGCCAUAUAAUAAUGUUGUGUACGCCCCACGAGCGAAGCACGCCGACAGCAAGCAUGCGCCACCACCAGUCUCAAAAGGCCUCUUCGGCUGGAUUCCACCACUCAUACAAACGAAAGAGCAAGAUCUGGUGGAGAAGGUCGGGUUGGACGCUGCCAUAUUCUUGCGCUUCAACAGGAUGUUGAGGAAUAUCUUCUCGGUGCUGUCGCUACUCGGGUGUGGUACUUUGAUUCCGGUGUACAUCCUGUGCUCGGACUCCAAUAUCACCAAAGGUAUAGGCUGGUUCUCAAGGCUGACGCCGAAUUAUAUGUAUGGUAGCCAAGGGUUCUGGGCAGUGGUACUGAUGGCAUACGUAUUCGAUGGAACAAUCAUGUUCUUCUUGUGGACAAAUUACAGAGCAGUCUUGAAGCUGCGUCGAGCAUACUUGGAGAGUCCCGAGUACCAACGGAGUCUGCAUGCACGAACUCUACUUUUGACGGAUAUUCCGAAAGAGAUGCGAUCGGACGAGGGCAUUGUGCAGAUCACGGAGGAGAUCAAGGCAACAGAUGCCACACCGUGGCCAGCUAUUGCACGCAAUACGCAGGACUUGCCGGAAUUGGUGGAAGAGCACGAGGAGACUGUCAGGAAGCUGGAAAGUGUGCUGGCCAAAUAUCUCAAAAAUCCGAACAAAUUGCCGCCUAAGAGGCCAACUUGCAAGGUAUCGAAAGCAGAUAAAAGCUACACCAAGGGCCAGAAAGUGGACGCUAUAGAGUAUUUGACCUCUCGCAUCAAGGAAUUGGAAAUUGAGAUCAAGGAAGUGCGCGUGGCGGUUGACAAGCGUAACGCGAUGUCGUACGGCUUCGCCAGCUACGACCGCAUUGCAGAGGCGCAUAGCGCAGCUUACAUUGCUCGCAAGAAAGCUCCACGAAACACCGUCAUUCGUUUAGCUCCUAAGCCGAAUGAUCUCGUGUGGAAGAAUCUCAAAAUGCUCAAGAAAGACAGAGGCUGGCAGAACUUCGUCAACAAUCUCUGGGUCGCUGUCUUGACAGCCUUCUGGGUUGUGCCCAACGUCCUGAUCGCCGUCUUCUUGUCCAAUUUGGCCAACUUGGGCCAAGUGUGGAAGGGUUUCGAAGAUUCUCUGCAAGCACAUCGAGUCUGGUGGGCUCUUGUGCAGGGUGUGGCCUCUCCAGCGAUCACAACCGCAUUCUACUUCUUCCUACCGGCCAUCUUCAGACGCCUUUGUGUCAAUGCUGGAGACGUCACCAAGACGCAACGAGAACGCCAUGUCAUGCACAAACUUUACACAUUCUUCGUCCUGAACAACUUUAUAGUAUUCACGUUGUUCUCGGCAGUCUUCAAGUUCGUGGCGGCGGUCAUCGAGGGCUCGAAGAGUGGUGGAGUGUGGCAAGCGAUCGAGGACUCGCAUCCGUUCCGGUCGAUCGUCACUGGGCUGUGUACGGUCUCGCUCUACUGGAUCUCCUGGAUGUUGCAAAGGAACUUGGGUGCGGCUGUGGAUCUCAGUCAGCUUGUCACGCUCAUCUGGGGUGGCAUCAGGAAACGCUUUAUGGCUCCCACGCCACGAGAAUUGAUUGAGCUGACGGCUCCGCAACCUUUUGACUACGCUGGAUACUACAACUACUUCCUCUUCUAUGCGACUGUGGCCAUUGCUUUCGGUGCACUACAGCCAUUGAUGCUUCCGGUCGCAGCGCUUUACUUCUGGUUCGACAGCUUCUUGAAGAAGUACCUCCUGCUCUACAUCUUCAUCACCAAGUAUGAGAGCGGUGGUAUGUUCUGGCGGACACUAUUCAAUCGCAUGCUCUUCCUGGCACUGCUCGGCAACGUUGUCAUUGCCCUCCUCGUGGUAGCCCAGGGUGCCAUUGGCGCAAACUGGGGUAUGUUGGCUGCCCUCGCGCCGCUGCCGUUCUUGUUGCUCGGCUUCAAGAUAUACUGCAUGCGCACUUUUGAUGACGCUAUUCACUACUAUCAAAAGGGGAAGGCGAUGCGUGAUGCGGAAUUCACGGCUGCUACCGAGCACAAGAAGCGAAAGGGCGAUAAAGUCGGCGUACGCUUUGGACACCCUGUGCUGUACAAGCCGCUUCUCACACCGAUGGUGGCUGCCAAAUCACAGCAUCUGCUCAAGAGUAUCUAUAGCGGCAGGACGUCAAUGGACGACACGGCUACAGCAGGUGGCUACAGCGACGUAUACAUGGAUCAAAUGGAUGCUGCACAACCUGGACGGAAGACAGGCCAGCCUGCGCCUUUCGAAAUCGUGAACGAGAACCAGAUGGACUUUGAGCACUGGAAACACAGACCAGAGUUCCGUGACGAGCACGGAGGCGGUGGCGAAGUCUUCGGCCGCGCGUAUGAUAUCAUUCGAUCUGGCACACCUGGAAGCAUGGGCACUAUGACGCGAACGGGGACCUGGGAGACGGAUGCUAGUCGCAGCCGUAGCGAGUCUCGCAACCCAGGCCAUGAACGUCAUCGCAGCGAUAGUCGAGACAGCGACCAGACGAAGGUGGGAGGUGAGACGGAGUACCCGCGAGGCUAUCACAUGACGCCUUCCGCGCUGCGCGAACACAGUCCGGCUGGAAGUGAUUAUUCCGGCCAUGGUGGCUUCGAUGCGCCUCGAGGACGUUUUAAGGGAGAUGAUGGUGGUAUGCAUAAGGAGAGUCGAGAGGGGCUGGUAUCCAGUGCGGCGAGGAUGGGCAGGAGUCCGCCGCCUACACUGCCGACGCCUUAUGCACCUGCACCUGGUGGGUAUGGAAUGAUUAGGACGCCGGGCGAGACGCCGCUAGGGGAUGGUAAGAUUAGUGGGGAGGACGAUACGAGUUACGAUUACUUCAAACGGGGCAGGGGUAUGUAG